AUGUCCGCCCCUGCCGCCAAGUCAGAUCAGAGAAGCAACGCCACCGAGCUCUCAGAGCGCCGCCAGUCCGGCUCCAGCGCUGCUCCCCAACAAGAGACCCAGAACCCUGAAUCGGGAUUCAACGCCAAGAACGCCGCUGAACAAAACACCCCCGAACAGGAUACCGAGCAAAAUACCCCUGAACAAAACAACGACCUGCAGGAACAGGAGCCCGAGCCUCUCGACCGUGAGCGCGGAGACGAGCCCUCUACCCCUGCCCCAGAGGACAAGGAACCCCAGACAGAACAGCGUGACGACAAUGAGUCACAGGCAUCUGGUCCCGCAGGAAGCAGUGGUGGAAGUGGUAUCUUUGGAAAGCUCAAGACGCUUGGAGGCGGUCUUACACAGCAAGUGUCGAGCACGGUGAAGAAUGUUCCCAGUCUCGCCGCCCAGCCACUCGACAUCCUCAAAGACCUACAGAUCGGUGAGGGCGGCGAGAUUGCUGGACCUGACGGAAACAUCAUCGGACGAGUUGUUGAGGGAGGCGAGGAGGCCAUUGGCGGGACAGUCCAAGAGGGAGGAAAGAUCGUCGAUCAGGCCGGCCAGACCAUCGGCCAGGCAGAGCUUACCGAUGAGGUAAAGGACACUGUGGAGAAGACUAAGAAGGAAAUCCCAGAGGAGGAACUAGAGGGCGCCAAGGAUACCGCGGAGCAGGCAAAGGACGAAGCUCCUGAGACCGACGACGUCAAGGAUACCGCAGAGGACGCAAAGGAUGACGUCUACGAGGACGCUCAGGACGGUGCCGAGGAUGCUGCAGACACCGCCGAACAGGCCGCCGACGAAGCUGGAGAUGAGCUGCCGCCACUCUCCAGGCUAGAAGGCUUGACAUGCAACAAGGCCGGCAAGAUCAUCGACCCGAACAGUGGCAACCCCAUUGGUGAGCUAGUCGAGGGCGAUUCCAAGAAGCUCUCAAAGCUUGGAAGCAAGCUCGAUGACAAGGGCCAGUUUUGGGAUAGCCGUGGAAACGUCAUUGGCAAGGCCAAGACGAUCGCAUUUGAGGACCACGGGGAAGAGCCUCCUUUCGCUGGUCUUGAAGAUCUUCACGUCGUCGAAGACGGGUUCGUCGAGGAUAAGAAUGGCCGACGAGUGGGCAAACUGACUGAAGGCGAUGCCAAGAAGCUGAUCGGCCGCCCUGUUGAUGAAGACGGCGAUGUUACAGACCAGCAUGGCAGUGUCAAGGGCCACGCCGAGCCCUAUGAGGAACCUGAGGAGGAGCAGCCCCAGGAGGAAGAUCUGUCUAUCCUGGACGGCAAGACUGUCAACAAGGCCGGCAAGGUCGUCGACGAGCACGGCACGGUUUAUGGCCGCGUCGUCGAGGGUGAUGGAAAGCGGCUCGCAGGGAAGAAGGUCGACGGCAAGGGCCAGAUUUGGGGUGACAAUGGCAAAGUGAUCGGCAAGGCCGAGCUCAUCCCCGGUGCUGAGCAAGAGAAGCCCGAAGGUGCUUUCUAUGGCUUCGAGAAUCUCACCGUUGGCAAGGACGGGGUUGUGCAGGACGGAUCUGGCCGCACUGUUGGCCGCGUUAUUGAAGGAGAUGCCGCCAAGCUCGCUGGCCGCAAGGUCGACGAGGACGGUGAUAUUCUGGACAAGAACGGAAACACUAUUGGACGUGCUGAGCGCUGGGAGCCAGAAGAAAAGAACCGCGAUGUCAACCCCAUGGCAGGCCGCAAGAUCACCCGCGAGGGUGAAGUGCGCGACGCUGACGGCAAUCUCAUUGGCAAACUGACUUCCGGUAACCUGAGCCAGCUUAUCGGAAAGGAGAUCGAUGACAACGGAUAUGUCGUGGACAACGAUGGAAACAAGAUCGGCGAAGCCACUCUUCUCGAACACAUUCCCGAGCCUGAGGAGCCAGAGCCCGAGGCGGAGCCGGAGGGCCCCUCUGCCGAAGAGCAGGAAGCCCAGAAGAAGGAGCAGGAGGAUAGGGAGUUGGCCAAGAAGAUGAGCGGCAUCAUCUCCCAGACUCUGGACCGCGUCACUCCGAUCUGCAAGAUGAUCACCGAACACGUCGACAAAGCAGAAAAGACACCCAAGGAUGAGCUUGAUGAGGAGCAGCUGGUCAAGGAUGUGAAACCCUUGCUCGAGGAGGCCAACAGCCACCUUCAGGAGUGCAACGGCGCAAUCCGAGCGAUGGACCCCGACGGCCGUAUCGCUAACAAUGCGAAGGCCCGCGCAGCUUCUCACGAGGCGUCUCCUGAAGAAUACACACUCGCCGAUAAGCUCAAGGAGCUUACCGACACAGUUGUCAGGACCAUCGAUAACGGAAAAAAGAAGAUCAACGGCAUGCCUCAUGCAAAGAAGGAGCUCAACCCGCUCUGGGGCCUCCUCAGCGAGCCCCUCUUCCAGAUCAUCGCCGCCGUGGGUCUCUUGCUGUCAGGUGUUUUGGGUCUUGUCGGACGCCUUCUCGAAGGACUGGGGCUCGGGCCUCUGGUCAAUGGCCUGCUGGGUGGCCUGGGACUCGACAAGCUCCUGAGCAACCUCGGGCUGACGUCUUUGACGGACUCUCUGGGAUUGACCGGAAAGAAGAAGAAAUAA